AUGGCGUCUGUAACCAUCACAGCAGCAUGUUUUGCCGUGCCAGUGGCAUGCACGUUUUUCAGCGUGCGGCAAAAGCGGCAAUCUCUCCAGGCAUACACCAGUCUGGCAGCGGAUGAAGAUGUUGAUGGGGUGGAGGAUGGUGUUGAUGACACCCCACUGCCGGCGCGCACGGCCAGAUUGUUUGCUGCGGUCGGCACCAUCUGCGCGCUGGUUGCAUCUGCGUUUGCAUGUCUGGAUGUACGCUCGCUCGAUGGCAUUCUACUUCUUGCUGGAUGGGCAUUGGUCGCUUUCCAGGCGCUGAGAUUCGUGCGCGAAAAUUCUUCGUCGCGGCGACGUUAUCGGCUAGGACUCCUACUGGCCGGGUCUUGCAUCGCGCUGCUUAUCGGAGUCGCUUUCACCAACUACUUCUCUGUAGAAGCCUCGACGGUAUUCCGCGUGGUGAGCGGAGCUGAGCUGGUUGCGGGCGCUGUUGUAGCGGUGGGUGGCGUUUCAGUGCCGCGGCAACAGGCCUCAACCGAGUCAAUCGACGCCCAAAACUCCGUCUCCGCACUCUCCAAGCACACAUUCUCCUGGGUCCGUCCUCUUCUGGACCAUGCCAGAGCCCAGGGAACUCUCGAAUAUGCAGACCUGCCGUCCUUGGCCAGCGACGUGCGCACCGGCCAUUUGCACGCCCGCUUUCAUCGCAGUUCAUCAACUCCGCUAUGGCGUCUCGUCAUCGCCGACCAUCGCGCCAGCUUUAUCGUGCAGUGGGCAUUGACCGGUGUUGAGAGCUUCCUUCUUGUUGGCCCUCAGUUCUGUUUGUUCCAACUGCUCAAGCUGCUCGAACGCAAGGGCACCGAAUCCGUCGACCAGCGCCACCUUUGGCUCUGGGCAGCUGCUUUGAUAGUCUUGAAAAUCACUCACCUCUUCUGCGAGUCAUGGAUCGAGUGGGUCAAUUUUGCCAUGUUGGCUACCCCAAUUCGGUCUCAGCUGUCUGCCCUGAUCUUCACGAAGUCCAUGCGCCUCAAGGACAUCAGGACGGUGAAGCAUGCCAGCGUUACCGCCAAGAAGCGGAGCAGUGAGGAUGGAGACUCGGGCAUUGGCGAUGUCGAGGAAGAGGCUCUCGAGAUGGAGACGUUGAUGACUAAAGAAGAGCGUGACGCUGCUCAGAGUGACGACAAAGACGAGGAGGAGGUUGAAGAGGAAUCCAGCCAAGCAGCUCAAGGCGCCAUCAACCUUUUGGGUGUCGAUGUGCAGCGCGUUUCUGAUUUUGCCGGCUACAACGUCCUCAUUCCCGGAAGCCUGCUGAAAAUCAUCAUCGCCGCGUGCUUCCUCGUCAAUCUCAUCGGCUGGAUCAGCACCAUUGUCGGCCUGUCUGUCCCCAUCAUAUUUCAGCCCCUCAACCAAGUGGCCACCCGUGGAUACUCCAAUGCAGCCGAAGCCGUCAUGAUGAUUCGCGACGAGAAGACGCAUGUUGUAACCGAAGCCCUGCACGGUAUCCGCCAGAUCAAGUUCUCAGCCAUUGAAGGUCAGUGGCAAAAGGUCAUCAUGGAUACCCGCAAGCGUGAGCUGGGUGCCCAGUGGCGCUUGUUCAAAUGGGGUACCUUCAUGACAUUCACUUGGCUUUCCAUGCCCAUUCUCCUCGGUGCCGCUGCUCUAGGAACCUAUGCCUGGCUCAACGGCUCCGUUACUGCUUCAGUCGCCUUCACCGCCCUCUCUGUAUUCACCAGUCUCGAGUGGACGCUCAGCGUGGUCCCCACCACCAUCACCGAGCUGAUCGAUGCCAAGGUCAGCAUCACCAGGAUUCAGCAACAUCUAGACCAGCCAAACGAACGUGGGGACGCCAAGUCUGGCGACGAAGUCAUCUUCAAGAACGCCUCUGUGAGAUGGCCUUCUGAAUCCAUUGAUUCCGCUGCCUUCACGCUGCGCGAUCUGAACCUCCACUUUCCCAGCAAUCAGCUCAGCGUUAUUCAUGGCAAAACGGGCUCCGGUAAAAGUCUCUUGCUGGCUGCGAUACUUGGAGAAGCAGACGUAGUGAAGGGCACUGUGACAGCCCCCCGGUCUGAAUCAUCUCUCGGCCGUCGCGAUGAUCUCGCCACACUCAGCAACUGGACCAUCCCGUCUUCGGUCGCAUUUGUUUCGCAAAUCCCAUGGAUCGAGAAUGCGUCAUUGAAGAACAACAUUUUGUUCGGACUGCCGUUCGUAUCCACCAGGUACUGGAAGGUGCUUGAUGCUUGCGCAUUGACAAAAGACCUCGAGGUCCUCCCUGACGGAGAAGAGACCGAGAUCGGUGCCAGCGGAAUCAACCUCAGCGGCGGCCAAAGAUGGCGCGUUACUUUGGCUCGAGCUCUGUACUCGAGAGCCGGUGUUCUGGUGCUUGAUGACAUCUUCAGCGCGGUCGAUACCCAUGUUGGCCAGCAUAUUCUUGUCAAUGCCUUGCACGGAGAUCUGGUCGAGGGACGGACAAGGAUACUCGUCACUCACCACAUCGGACUUGUCUCAUCCCUUGCAAGCUAUAUCGUUGAGCUUGACGGUGACGGCUUUGUGAGGAGUGCCUCACAUCAUCGGCCAGCGAUUCAACACUUCAACAACAUCUCAAACAACAUUUCUGAAGGCUCGGAUGAACUGCAAGUCGUCGAGCUUGAGGGAACGAAGCCUCCACCGAAGAAAUUCGUGGAGGAGGAAGUUCGUGAGAAAGGAAGGGUCAAGCUUGACGUCUACAAAGGCUACAUGGGGGCCUCUGGUGGAGUGUCGUAUUGGACACUCACCAUUGGGCUUUAUGUACUUUCGGCGCUCAGUAUCCUCGGUCGUUCCUACUGGAUCAAGCACUGGACCCAGCAAACAAGCUCGAGGCCCCCCGACGAAGACCCCGGCAGCGAUCUCAAGUUCUAUCUUGGUGUGUACCUCGGCAUCUCGACAUUUGCCGCAUGCACAAUCGCAAUCAAAACAUUGACAGUCAUGCGCGCUGCAAUUCGCGCUUCGCAUGCCCUCUUUGAGAAAAUCACAUACACUGUUCUCCAUGCACCUCCACGGUGGCUGGAUACGGUUCCUGUUGGUCGUAUCAUGAACCGCUUCGUCGGCGAUUUCGCCCUGGUGGACUCCCGUCUUGGCGGUGACUUCAAUUGGUCCUUCCAUGGCAUCCUGACCAUCAUGACCAUCAUUGGCGCUGCUCUGUUCGUGUCUGGGUACAUGAUCCUACCAAUCGUGCUCUUCGCCAUAGUGAGCUUGUACUACACCAACGUCUACCUGGAAGGCGCCAGGGACAUCAAGCGACUCGAGAGCAACGCCAAGUCGCCAAUUUUCGAGCUGCUCGGCUCGGCCCUGGCCGGCCUGGCAACGAUCCGUAGCUUCGGGAAGGCGGAUGAGUAUGCCGAACGCAUGUUUGCUCGUAUCGAUGACUACGGCAAGAGUACCUGGAACCUGCUCUUGGCCACGCGCUGGAUGGCUUUCCGACACGGCCUGUUCGGUAGCGUUUUCACGUUUCUCGUAGCUGUGACCGUCAUCCUCCUCGACGGCAUAAGUGCCUCGCUUGCUGGAUUCACCCUCGGCUUUGCUUUGGAGUAUUCCAACAUCGCCAUCCAGACAAUUGGGCGGUACACUGGCUUUGAGCUCGACAUGAACUCGGCCGAGCGCGUGAUUGAGUACACCAAACUCAAGACGGAGGAUUUAUCAGGGGAAAGCGCCCCACAAGACUGGCCCACUGAGGGCCGACUCGAGGUCAAGAACCUGGCCGUCAGCUACGCACCCGACCUACCCCUUGUGCUGAAAGGAUUAUCCUUCACAGCCGAGGCCCGCCAGCGUAUUGGCGUGGUUGGAAGGACAGGCAGCGGCAAAUCAUCCCUGACGCUCGCUCUUUUCCGCUUUCUCCAAGCACGCGAAGGCCGCAUCCUCAUCGACGGUACGGACAUCUCGCGGAUCCGGCUCCAGGAUCUCCGGAGCAGGCUCGCCAUCAUCCCGCAAGACCCUGUCCUGUUCUCUGGCACGCUGCGGUCCAACCUCGACCCCUUUGACGACCACAGCGACGCCGAGCUGCUGGACGCGCUGCGGCGAGUACACCUUCUGGGCGACUAUGACGACGGCGCGGGCGCCACUGCCAACAUUAACGUCUUCCGGGAUCUGCAGUCCCCUGUGGCGCGCGGCGGGCUGAACCUGUCGCAGGGGCAGCGGCAGCUGCUCUGCCUGGCGCGGGCGGUUGUGCGCCGGCCUCGGCUCAUGGUGCUCGAUGAGGCAACCAGCGCGGUCGACAUGCAAACCGACGCCCUCAUCCAGCGCAGCAUCCGCGAGGACUUUGCCGACUGCACCCUCCUCGUCAUCGCCCACCGCCUCAGCACCGUCGCCGACUUCGACAAGGUGCUCGUCAUGGACCAAGGGCACGCCGUCGAGUUCGACGCGCCCGCCACGCUCCUUCGCAGUGGUCGCGGCGCCUUCUCCGAUAUGGUCGCGAAGAGCGGUGAGAAGGAUGCCAUCGAGAAACUUCUGCUGGGUUGA